GUGCUCAGUCCAGCGGCAGCCCGAGCCGGGGCCGUCCAUCCCAUCCCAUCCCAUCUCAUCCCAUCCCAUCCCAUCCCAGCCCGGUCCAUCCCCGCUGCACUUUUUCCCACCUCCGAAGUUUUGCGGAGCCGGAGGAGGGGAAGAGAGGGAGAGGACCAGCUCGGAUCCCGGGGAACGCGCUGGAGGAAAAAAAGGGGGAGAGAAAAAAAAAAAGGAAAGGGAGUAAUUAUAAACGGGGAAGGGGCAGGAAACUACUUGGCUCAAAAAAAUGGCUGGGGCAAUUAUAGAAAACAUGAGCACCAAGAAGCUGUGCAUUGUUGGUGGAAUUUUGCUCAUUUUCCAAGUCAUCGCUUUCCUCGUGGGAGGCUUGAUUGCUCCAGGUCCCACUACAGCUGUAGCCUACACGUCAGUGAAAUGCGUAGAUAUUCGGAAAAAUCACCACAAGACAAAGUGGCUAGUGCCGUGGGGACCCAACCAAUGCAAGAAGAUUCGAGACUUUGAAGAAGCCAUGAGAAAGCAGAUAGAAGCUAACGACAUUGUGUUUGCUGUCCACGUACCCCAUCCUGCCAUGGAGAUGAGCCCCUGGUUCCAGUUCAUGCUUUUCAUCCUGCAGCUGGAUAUUGCCUUCAAACUCAACAACCAAAUAAGAGAAAACGCGGAAGUGUCACUGGAUGUAUCGUUGGCGUAUCGCGAUGAUAAGUUUGCUGAAUGGACAGAAAUGACACAUGAGAGGGUCCCCCGGAAAUUAAAAUGCACCUUUGCCUCUCCAAAGAUUGCAGAGAACGAGGGUCGUUACUACGAAUGCGAUGUCCUUCCUUUCAUGGAAAUUGGGACCGUGGCCCACAAAUAUUACCUCUUCAACAUCCGGCUGCCAGUGAACGAGAAGAAGAAAAUCAACGUUGGGAUCGGGGAGAUAAAGGAUAUUCGCCUGGUGGGAAUCCACCAGAAUGGAGGCUUCACCAAGGUGUGGUUUGCCAUGAAAACCUUCCUCACGCCCAGCAUCUUCAUCAUCAUGGUCUGGUACUGGAGAAGGAUCACAAUGAUGACACGACCACCCGUCUUGCUGGAAAAGGUCAUCUUUGCCCUGGGCAUCUCGAUGACGUUCAUCAACAUCCCGGUGGAGUGGUUUUCCAUCGGGUUUGACUGGACGUGGAUGUUGCUGUUCGGAGAUAUACGACAAGGGAUCUUUUAUGCAAUGCUGCUGUCCUUCUGGAUCAUCUUUUGCGGCGAGCACAUGAUGGAUCAGAACGAACGGAACCACAUUUCUGGGUACUGGAAACAGGUGGGACCGAUUGCUGUCGGCUCCUUCUGCCUCUUCAUCUUUGACAUGUGUGAGAGAGGGGUACAACUGACAAACCCUUUCUACAGUAUCUGGACCACGGAGGUUGGCACUGAGCUGGCUAUGGCUUUCAUUAUCGUAGCAGGGAUCUGCCUCUGCCUGUACUUUCUGUUUCUGUGCUUUGUGGUAUUCCAGGUGUUCAGGAACAUCAGCGGGAAGCAGUCCAGCCUGCCGGCAAUGAGCAAGGUACGACGACUUCACUAUGAGGGGCUGAUCUUCAGGUUUAAAUUCCUCAUGCUGAUCACCCUGGCUUGUGCAGCCAUGACUGUCAUCUUCUUCAUUGUCAGCCAGGUGACAGAAGGUCACUGGAAAUGGGGAGAGUUCACAGUUCAAGUGAACAGUGCCUUCUUCACCGGCAUCUACGGGAUGUGGAACCUUUACGUCUUCGCCCUUAUGUUCCUGUAUGCGCCGUCCCACAAAAACUAUGGCGACGAUCAGUCAAAUGGUGACCUCGGCGUUCACAGCGGGGAGGAGCUCCAGCUCACCACUACCAUCACUCACGUGGACGGACCCACCGAGAUCUACAAGCUGAGCCGCAAGGAGGCCCAGGAGUAGACGGGGACGAGACCGGGCUUCGGCCACCUGUGCUGUGGAAGCGUGAUCAGACGGGAUCCACCGCGGAGGGCGGACGGGGAAGGGGAAGGGGCUGGGCUCCUCGGGAUUUCUGGAGACAAAACAACAGCGUGAACAUCCGCCGCCUUUCCUUCGGACCGCCACGGCUCUGGGAAGGAAAGAUGCUGGACUCCCCGCCGUCGUGUAAGAUAGCCAAACCUCCGUUUCACCACGUUUACAUCGUCCGUUGAGAAGCCCCGCUGCUAGGACAGAGACCCUCCUGUGUUUGUUUGGGGGCGGGGGUGGUUCCCGGUCGCCCGGGCUCGGUCUCAUUUCUGUUUUAGAUAAUAGAAUACAAUUAAAUACCCUUUGCACUCUUAAGUUAAACCUCUCUCAUAGUCCUCUAACUGCUAGUCCGAGACCACUUCUGUCUUCUAUUUAUAUCACCGGUAGCCUGUCGAGUUCAUAUUUAUGUCGUUAAUAAAUAAAGGCACCCCUACUUUUUAUAGCCUCGUGCAACAUAACUGCAUUUUGCAAAGGGUUUAUCAGGAGGGGUAUCGCAGUUUUUUUAAAAAAACAAAUCUUGUGUAUCCAAUACUAACAAGUCUGUACGGUGUAGAUAUUUUUUAUAUUUGCUAAAACUACUCAAGUAGGAUUUACUGUAUUAAAUGACCUUUGGGUCUGAAAAGUUUUUUUUUUUAAA